AGUUGCUUUGGUUUCUGUUUCUUUUUGAACGUGGUGGAGAGAAUGGCCUUCUACGGCACCCAGGCUCCCUACCUGAAUCCAAUUGUCCCCUUUUCUGGGUCAAUACAAGGGGGUCUCCAGGCUGGACUUCAGAUCAUUGUCAAUGGGAAUGUUCUUAACUCCAGUGAAACCAGGUUUGCGGUGAACUUGCAGACCGACUCCAGUGGAGAUGACAUUGCCUUCCACUUCAAUCCGCGGUUUGAAGAUGGAGGGUAUGUGGUCUGCAACACGAAGCAGAAAGGGCGCUGGGGGCCCGAGGAGAGGAAGAUGAAAAUGCCCUUCCAGAAGGGGAAGCCCUUCAAGCUCUGCUUCCUGGUGCAGAGCUCAGAAUUCAAGGUGACGGUGAACGGCAGCUUCUUUGUGCAGUAUGCCCACCGCAUACCCUACCACCGCGUGAAAAACAUCUCUGUCAUCGGCUUUGUCCAGCUGUUCGACAUCAGCUUCCAGAACAUCAGCGCAGCCCAUGUGCAGCCUGCCUUCUCCGUGGCGCGAUUCCCCAAGCCUGUCUGUUUCCCACCCAGGCACAAAGGGCGCAAACCGAAAAUUCAAACGUUCACCCACAAUGUGCAGGACGCCCCUGGACAGAUGUUCCCUAAUCCUGUAAUCCCACCUAUGGCAUGCUUCAACACAAUCUAUGUAAGUGGUUUCUUGGGGGGCAGGGGCAGAGGUUUUGUUUGUGCUGGGCAGGCAGGAGAAGGCAGAAUCCCCCUCGUGCAGCAGCUGCUCUGGCUGCAGCUGUUUCACCUGUCCCCCUCCUCCCAACAGCCAAUGCCUUUCUGCACCAGCAUCCCAGGCGGGCUGUACCCAUCCAAGUCCAUUGUUGUGGGGGGCACCGUCCUGCCCCAUGCUCAGAGGUUCCACAUCAACCUGAACUCUGGGAAUGACAUCGCCUUCCACCUGAACCCACGUUUCAAUGAGAACAACGUGGUCUGCAACACCCAGAUCAAUGGUUCUUGGGGGUCUGAGGAGCGAAGACCCCAACAAAUACCCUUUGGCCGAGGCCAGGCGUUCUUGGUGUGCAUCACAUGUGAAGGCCACUGCUUCAAGGUGGCCGUGGAUGGUCAGCACCUGUUUGAAUAUUACCACCGCCUGAAGAACCUGCCUGCCAUCAACAACCUGGAAGUGGCGGGUGACAUCCAGCUGACCUAUGUGCGGACAUAGGUGGGCUCCCAGCCAUGGGAUGAGGGGUGCCAGUGUUGCUGUCUGGGUCCCCUCAUUACCUCCACUUCCCUGUCCCAGACCCAGCCUUUCCACUCUACCCAGGACCUGUACUUUUCUGGAGAGACCAUGUCCUUGUCUGGGCCUGCUUCUGGCCCAGCCAGCCAGGGUUGGAGGAGGCAGCUGGCUGGAACUGCCUUCCUCAGCCGUCCAAAUCCUCCCGUCUGAGGAGAGAGGCGCAGCCAGUGGGAGGGAGGGGGUGGUCGGUGUAGAGAGGGAGGGUCCUGAGCCUUCCCAGGGCCCCAGCCCGGGCCUUCACCCCAUCUGGCUCUCAACCACAUUCCCAUCCGCCAUUCAACUCCAUCCCAGUCCCAAGCCACCAGCUGCACUCCACGUGGGAGGUGACUUCCUCAGCCCCUCCUCUUUCUCUGGCCUUUAACCUCUCUCACCUUGCACCCUGCACCAACCCUUCAUGCCUUCCAGGAAAUCUACCCUGAUGAUACCCUGCUAGUUUCCACCAACAGACCAGAACUUUCUCAGCAGAGGGCUCUCUCCUUUCCCAGUGUCCUCAAAGUAAAGAAAUAAAAAUGCUUGUUGGCACAUA